CAUACUGACACUGUGGCAGGCUGAAGAGUGAGUGGGGUGAGUUUGGGUAAGCGGACUUAGGGCGGGUCCUUACCUGCCCCUCCGAAUAAAACCGGCUCACAGGAUGUCUCCCGUGCUGGUGGAGAGCAUCGAUCAUAGGGACACACUGAUCACAGGGACACACAGAGCGGGUUCUCAGCUCCAAGCCGUCCCUAUACACCAUGGCCGGACCCUCCAAUAAGAAGUCUAUCAUCCUCGGGGUGGUCGGCCUGCUGCUAGUGGUCUUCGGGGCCGUGCUGGUCUUCAUAGUCCCUGUCAUCGUGAAGCAACAAGUGGAAAAGAAUGUCCGGAUAGAUCCAAGCAGUGGGUUUGCUUAUGAAAUGUGGAGAGAUCUUCCAGUGCCCUUCUUCAUGUCCAUCUACAUCUUUGAAGUAGUGAACUCUAAGGAAGUCCUUUUAGGAGAAAAGCCCAGGGUUGAGGAGCGUGGACCAUAUGUUUACAGGGAACGCAAACAGAAAACAAACAUAACUUUUAAUGAUAAUGCGACUGUCUCGUUUGUUGAGACACGGAUUCUGCAUUUUGAACCUGAUAUGUCUGCGGGAAGUGAAGAGGAUUUCAUUGUAUUUCCCAACAUUCUUGUCCUGGGUGCAUCAGUGAUGAUGAAAGAUUUACCUGUACCCCUUAAAUGGUUCAUUAGUGGAGCAUUUACAACUUUCGGCCAAGAAGCUUUCAUAAACAGAACAGUGAAGGAUCUCUUGUGGGGCUACAAUGAGCCAUUUUUAGAUUUUGUAAAUGCAAUUCUCCCUGGAAAACUUCCAUUCAAAGGGAAAUUUGGCUUGUUUGCAGAGUUCAAUAACACAAACUCUGGUAUUUUUACGGUGAACACUGGAGUAGAAGACAUCAGUCAAGUCCAAAUGGUUGAUGCAUGGAAUGGGCUCACAGAGGUUAAUUUCUGGAAUUCUGAACAAGCAAAUAUGAUUAAUGGAACUGCUGGUCAAAUGUGGCCGCCUUUUCGGACACCUGAUCAGCCUCUUGAGUUCUACAGCCCAGAUGCCUGCAGGUCUCUGACAUUGGUAUACGAUAAAGAAGACUCUUACAGAGGUAUUCCUACAUAUCGGUACACUGCACCCAACUACUUGUUUGCAAAUGGAUCGGACUACCCUCCCAAUGAAGGAUUUUGCCCAUGUACAGCUUCUGGUGUAAUGAACGUCAGUGCCUGCCGGUCUGGUGCUCCCUUGUUUCUAUCCUUUCCUCAUUUCUACAAUGCGGAUCCUGGAUAUGUGGAUGCUGUGGAUGGACUACACCCAAGUGAAGAGCUACAUUCCCUAUUCCUAGACCUGCAUCCACUUACAGGAAUCCCUAUGAAUUGUUCAAUCAAGAUGCAGCUAAGCUUAUUAACAAUGAGUGUUGGUGGAAUUCCACAAACUGGGAAAAUAAAGACUGGAAUUCUUCCACUCCUGUGGUUUUCAGAGAGUGGGUAUCUUGAUGGACCUGUGUAUAAUACCUACUACAACACACUGAUUGUUCUCCCUAUAGUCAUGGAAUAUCUGCAGUACAUCCUCAUUGGCCUGGGACUCUGUUUUAUUCUUGUAGCUGCUGUUCUUCCUUUUCUUAAUCAGGAAAAGGUCAUCUUAUUUUGGAAUAGUAAUAAUAAAAAGUUUGAUGAAAAUCUUGAGAUCAAUAAAUCCCAAACAGAAAAGUUGACCUCUUCUAAUGGAACAGUGCUGAUGGAAGCCAAAUUAUAGAAAAUGGACUAUAUCCUGCAAGAUCCAGGUGAAGUGACUGAAUCUGCUCAAGAUACUGAAGUUGCAAAACUUCUUGAAGACCCAGUUCUUUCACCUCAAACUUGAUAUUGCCUUGCCUAUAAUGGAUCCUAUAGGAGUCUCCUCUUGAGGACCUCUUUAAUCGCUUAAGUUACCUGCUGGGUUCCUGUUGUCGCUGGAUAAAGAUGACGUUUCUGCACCAAAGAACUUUAAAGUCUCUUAAAAUAAGAGGAAAAGCAAAACAUCACCACAGUGCCUGAAGAAUCUGUGUUUGUGACUGACCUUGGAUGACAUUAAAUACAAUCCACUGAUGAGAAGCCAGAAUAGGAAACUAAAAUUAUCCACAAUGGGAUGAUAUACUUGGGUACAGCCAGCUACUGUAGUGUGGCCACACAGCUACAUACUUUACAUUUAGUGUUUUUUUUCAAGUUCUCCUCCUUCCAGAGGGGAGCGUUCACAAUUUUAAGCACAGUUUCUUAAUUUAAAUGUAUUUAAGCAUCCCAGGUAUGCUUUACAGUUUAGUACUUGUUUUGGCCAUGCAGAUAAAAUCGUUGCCUGUGCAUGAACUUUUAGUGGCCUGAAUGGAAUCCACAGUAAUCAUUUGUUCACCUAUGCUUCAAUAUUUUGCAGUAUAAUUAAAGCCAUUUAAAAAAAAAAGGCUGCCCUAACAGAACACCACUUGGAUCAAACAAGUAUUGCUGCUUAAGAGGUUGUGGGCCAAGCUAGCACAAUUAAAGCCAUUAAAAUGUGUAUUGCAUAAUGCUGAGAUCUAAAAUUGCCAAAGUCACACCUCCUUAAGGGUAAAAUGGCAUUAUCCAGUUUACAGUUCUGCAGCACAUUCCAUAUUUAUAGUAUUAUGUGAACAAGACCAUUAAUCAUUGUUUUCAACGAUUCACACAGCUUUCACCCAGGAUGCACAUUCUAAAUUUUAAUGCGACUCUUUUGUAAAAGUUGUAUGAAUUUUUUUUUUCUGUAAAAGCACUUAUAAAUGGAUCCUAAUAUCUUGAGCUUUAAGCUAUGGAAAGACUAGCCCUGCAAUGCUGGAAAGUGUCAUCUUAUAGCAUAUUGUAGGAUAUGACUUAUUUAAUAAACCACUUGAAGUAUUUUUAAAUAAUUUAUUGCAGAAGCCACAGGCUAAAAUGCCUGUGUAGGCUAUGAUGCAGUCUUCUAGCAAUGCACACUUACUGCACCAUAACUUAAUAUUUAGCCUUCACCCUUUACUAAGUGUUAACUGGAGUGGAAGAAAUGAACACUGAUCUUUUCUCAUGUUAACCAAGUUUUCUAGGCACUUAAAGCUUAUUCUGUAGGCUCAUUCCUUAUGUCCCAUGUUGUCGUCUUCCUUUCUUUUCUUUCUAAUCAGUAAAAGGUUUCAUUUUAAUUUAUUUCCUUUGAGACAGUUUUUUGUUUUAUCAUAUUUUUUCAAGCAAUAAUUCUGAAGUAUAAAACUCAGGGUAAAAAAAGUGCCAAAAAUCCUUAAGCUGUACCUAACGCACAUACUUUAUGAAAUACGUGUGCCAUAGAUGUGCAUGGGUGCUAACCUUCCAAUGACUUCUAUGGUAGGGGGUUUGGUGGAGAGUGGAAGGCAAGGCAAGGCAUUGCUUGCAAAAUUAUGUUUACCCCUGCAAACCUCAUCUGGACAAUCCCCUUGGGUUGUCCCUAUAAUCUUCCUAUGUCUUCUUGGCUAAGAGCACCUGACGUAUAAUCUUGCAUCCUACUGAUGUCUUGCAUCACAAGACCUCAAUGUCAAGCCCAAAGCAGCAGGAAGAAAUAAGAUUUUCAGCAUGUCAGUCAUCAAGCAAUUUUCGAUGCAAGAUGAUCUAAUUUUACUUUGUAUCCAAAGCUAAGCUGUUUUUGAGGCAAAAUAAAGUGCAUCCAUCACUGA